AUGGCGAGAACGUGCAGAAUGCAGCAGCGCCCCGGCAGGUUCAGGUCGACGGCCCGGAAGUUGAUGGCAGCUUGCUUAGGAGGAGUAUUGCUGAUAUCAGGCCGGGAAGUCUUCGGAAGCGGGCAGGGUGACGGUAGUCUUCGUCGGAAUUUGGCGUCACAGGCAGCUGGCCCCCAGACUCAAACAGAUGUCACGAAUGGAGUUGCAACUUGUAAUGUUGCGGGCGAAGACGAGGGCGCACCAGCUACCGCGACAUUGACUUUCUGGCGGGGUUCCCUCACAGGUACCUUACAGUGUUUGGGUGAGACAAACAAAGCAGUGCCCGAAAAUCUUCAGACCGUCUGCGAUGGACAUACUGCCACCGCGACGCUACUAGAAGCGGAUACCUCUAGCUGCCAGAUUGGCUCUCAUAAAUUGGGCAACAAGGUGACGCUGGGCAGCAUCCUCGGAACAACUCCCGAGGUGAAGUGGACUCGAAUAGGGGAAGAGGAGCAUAACAGCCAAGUGUGGAGACUCCAGCUAGCAGAAACAGACCUUCCCCUGGCAGACAAAACAUUUUUCGUGGGCUGUCAAAAAGGGGCGUCAACCGACCCGUCAUGUAAAGUGACCGUGAACGUGAAGGCUAGGCCAUCGUCGGUUAACGACAACAACGUUGUCACCUGCGCAUACGGCAAAGACAGCAACCAGAAAGCCGUAAAAGUCGAGAUGUCACAAGACAAAAACACUCUCACCAUUGACUGUGGGAGCGACGGAUCUAUGCAGCCUGCUGAAUUCACAUCUCAGUACUGCUCCCCGGAGGGAGACACGUUGGAGGACUGUUCCAAGGCUAACUACUCUGAUAUUCUACCCGCGUUUGCAAGCACCUGGUGGACGAAUACAGAAAACAAAAUCCAGGCUACUCUAACUAUCCCGAAGACCGAUUUUCCUCCUGCAGAUCGGCGCCUCCUUCUCGGCUGUAAAACACAGAACGCAAACCAGCCCACAAAGGAAGAGAACCUCACUGAGUCCGUGUCUGAGACGUCGGCUUGCCGCGUGCUUGUGACUGUCAAGGCGUCGAGCUCCGCCUCUUCUGCAUCAUUCACCCCGCAAGUAACAGCUGCAACCUCUGGAGCAGCGCUCCUAGCGGGAAUCUUAUCAGGCUGCUUGUAA